UCUCCACGCUCACCACCUCCUAAUCCUAUGGCUUCGCCUAUAAAUACCUUUGCUCUUCCUAAGCUCUUUUUUUUUUUUUUUCCCCCUCUUCUUCAAAGCCUGCGACGCCGCUGCCUAGCCAGAUCCCCGGAGCAGUUCGAUCCCGCCGGUUGCUUGGCUUUCAAAAUAUCAGCUGUUGGUCCUUUCUCUAUCUUUCUCUCUUUCUCUCUCUCUCUCUGAAUCGCCUGAAAGGUGUGCUGAGGGAAGCAAUAUGGACGGGAUCAUGGGGAUGCGGAAGGUGGCGUCGCACUGUUCGCUGGCAGAUGUGGACGAUCUUGACCUGGCACGGCUGCUCGAUAAGCCAAAGCUGAAUAUUGAGCGUCAAAGGUCGUUCGACGAUAGAUCCCUCAGCGAGCUCUCCAUCAACAUCCGAGCCGUUGAUGGCUUUGAUAGCAUGUACUCCCCCGGCGGAAUAAGGUCCGGCUUCGGUACUCCGGCUUCUUCGGCAAGAAACUCUUUCGAGCCACAUCCAAUGGUGGCUGAGGCCUGGGAGGCCCUUCGGCGCUCGCUGGUGUACUUCCGCGGCCAACCAGUGGGGACAAUUGCUGCUGUGGAUCAUGCUUCUGAAGAGGUUCUGAAUUAUGAUCAGGUGUUUGUCCGUGAUUUUGUACCAAGUGCCUUAGCUUUUCUAAUUAAUGGUGAACCAGAGAUUGUCAAAAAUUUUCUACUUAAAACCCUUCUCCUUCAAGGCUGGGAAAAGCGGGUAGACCGUUUCAAGCUUGGAGAAGGUGUUAUGCCAGCAAGCUUCAAGGUACUGCAUGAUCCACUUAGGAAAGUUGAUACAGUUAUUGCGGAUUUUGGUGAGAGUGCAAUUGGAAGAGUUGCACCAGUUGAUUCUGGAUUUUGGUGGAUAAUUCUUCUACGUGCUUAUACAAAGUCAACUGGUGAUUUAUCUCUUGCUGAAACUCCUGAAUGCCAAAAAGGAAUGAGGCUUAUAUUAGCAUUAUGCUUGUCGGAGGGAUUUGACACAUUCCCAACCUUACUCUGUGCAGAUGGAUGUUCAAUGAUAGAUAGAAGGAUGGGCAUUUAUGGGUAUCCGAUUGAGAUUCAGGCCCUUUUUUUUAUGGCUUUAAGGUGUGCAUUGGCAAUGCUCAAACAUGAUGCAGAAGGAAAGGAAUUUAUUGAGCGAAUAGUGAAACGUCUGCAUGCAUUAAGUUAUCACAUGAGGAACUACUUUUGGCUUGAUUUCCAACAGCUGAAUGUCAUUUAUCGCUAUAAAACAGAGGAAUAUUCUCACACUGCAGUCAAUAAAUUUAAUGUUAUUCCUGACUCAAUUCCAGAAUGGGUUUUUGAUUUUAUGCCUACACGUGGUGGCUACUUCAUUGGAAAUGUCAGUCCUGCAAGGAUGGACUUUAGAUGGUUUGCUCUGGGUAAUUGUUUUGCCAUUUUAUCGUCACUUGCUACUCCUGAGCAGUCCAUGGCUAUAAUGGACCUCAUUGAAGCACGCUGGGAUGAGUUAGUUGGAGAAAUGCCUCUGAAAAUAACUUAUCCUGCUAUUGAGGGCCAUGAAUGGCGGAUUGUUACAGGAUGCGAUCCCAAGAAUACCAGAUGGAGUUACCACAAUGGAGGAUCUUGGCCAGUGCUCUUGUGGAUGCUUACUGCUGCGUGCAUCAAGACCGGCCGUCCCCAGAUUGCCCGGAGAGCGAUUGAAGUUGCCGAAGUACGGCUUCUGAAAGAUGGCUGGCCUGAAUAUUAUGAUGGUACGCUUGGUCGGUAUGUAGGCAAGCAAGCCAGAAAGUUUCAGACUUGGUCUAUUGCAGGUUAUCUUGUGGCCAAGAUGAUGUUGGAGGAUCCAUCACAUUUAGGUAUGAUUUCUCUGGAGGAGGACAAGGCGAUGAAGCCUCUCAUGAAGAGAUCCAGUUCAUGGACUUGCUGAGUGUUUUGUGGUUAAGGGGGGAAAUUUACAGUUUUAAUUUUUACACUAUUAUUUGGCUAAAGCUUUUUCAUCUAGUUGCUUUCGGGGUUUUCAAAUGAAAAGUUUUAGUCUGUAAAAUAUAAUAUAUUUGCACAAUUGGUCUGAAUGAAAAGCUUAGCUUUUUUUUUAUGCUAGUAAUUUAAUGGCGUUUGAUGUACUAAGAAACAUGGAACUACAGGAGAUUAAUUGCUCUCUUUGCUAAUUA